UUGGCUAGCCAGAGUAAAGGCAAAAACUGCUAAUACAGAUGAAAUAUUUGCUGCUAGCUGGGCAAAGAGCUGGAAUAGCCAGCGAGCUAGCUAGCCACAUUCAUUAUCUUUCACUCUGCCUUAUUUAGUUAGUUAGCAGAGUAAUGUGUAUAGCUAACUAGUUAUAAAAGCUACACUCGUAUUUUGUUUGGCCAGCUGUCAGCAAUCUAACGUUAUCUAGCAAAACAUCGACCAAAUGCAGCUAGCUAUAUUAGCUGUAGUAGCUAAUGUGGAUCAUGUCAAAAAUUAUACCUAGCUAACUUUGGCUAGAUAGAUUGGAACUAGCUGCUGGCCAGGUUGCAGAUUUAGAGACGUUGGGACAGGGAGGAGAGGAGAUGGGGGGAUUGUGUAGGCCACUCCAGGCCUCUAUGGUCUGGCUGGCCGUUCUCCUUCUGCUGCUGGGGGAGACGGUGAACACAGCCCAGGAGUUUGACCCCUACAGAGUCCUGGGGCUCACCAAGAGCGCCAGUCAAGCAGAGGUCAAGAAGGUGUACAAGAGGCUGGUCAGAGAAUGGCACCCAGACAAGAACAAUGAUCCUGGGGCUGAAGAUAUGUUCAUCAAGAUCACUAAAUCUUAUGAGAUCCUGGGGAAUGUGGAGCGGCGUGCUAACUACGACCGCUAUGGACAGAUGGAGGAGAACAAGCAGGGUCAGCACCAGCAGGGCUUCAACCGACACUUCCACAACAGCUUCUAUUUCGACGAGUCAUUCUUCAAUUUCCCUAGGUCAGGCCGGGACUUCUCAGACAGCAAGUAUCUGCUCGACCACGCAGGGUUCAACAGUAAGGUGCUGCCCGACAGCUUCAAGCGGCCCUACCUGAUCAAGAUCACCUCCGAGUGGUGCUUUGCCUGCGUUCACAUCGAGCCAGUCUGGAGGGAGGCAGUACAGGAGCUAGAGCCACUGGGUGUGGGUAUCGGCAUUGUUGACAUUGGUUACGAACGUCGCCUAGCCAACCAGCUGGGUGUCCAUCGCACGCCAUCCAUCCUGGGUGUGGUCAAUGGUAGAGUGACCGUGUUCCACUACUCCGUGGUCAGAGAACACCUGCGACAGUUUGUAGAAGACCUGCUGCCUCAGAGGCUGGUGGAAAAGGUAACAGAUAAGAACUAUGUGUCCUUCCUGGGCAGCUGGCAUGUUGAGAACAAUCCCAGUGUGUUGCUGUUUGACCAAGUGCCUGCAGUGCCCCUGCUCUACAAGCUCACAGCGUUUGCCUUUAAGGACUAUGUGCGGUUUGGUUACGUGGACCAGGGACUGACAGAGACAUCCAGACUACUGCAUCAGUUCAACAUCAACAGCUAUGCUCCCACAAUGCUGCUGUUCAAGGAGAACACUGAGCAACCUGCUGAUAUUAUACAGGCUAAAGGGAUGAAGAGACAGAUCAUGGAGGAGUUUGUGUCCAACAACAAGUACCUGUGUGUCCCUCGGUUGGUCAACCAGCAUCUGUUCGAUGAGCUCUGCCCCAUCAAGCAGUUCCACCGGCGCAGGAAGUACUGUGUGCUGCUGAUCACUGGUGAGGAGCCAGGGUUUGUCCCUGGUAACCAGGCCUUCCUGACCUUUGCCUCGUCCAACACUAAAGACGUCCUGCGCUUCACAUAUGUCUACCAGAGACAGCAACAACCACUGUGUCAGGCCUUGCUCCACAACCAGGCCCCACUGUUCGCACAGGUGGUGAUACUGGAGAGGCGGAGCCCGGGAGGUAAGGCUGUGUACCGGUCUGUGAUUGGUGGAUGGAACGGCAGUGACGAUGAUAAGACCCGCCUCCACGAGCAGCUGGAGCUCCUGCAGAGAGACCCCUCCUACCUGAGCUAUGACGCCACACUACCUGAACUAAACAACGAAUUGUCCCCCAUGUUUCUGAUUCAGUGGAUCAAUGCAGCUUACGAUUAUUUCCUUCAAAUCUAUGAUGACCUUCUCUUCUCCAACUGGCGGGAGAUGAUGCCCAUCCUGUCUCUCAUCUUUUCUGCUCUGUUCAUCCUCUUUGGUACUGUCAUCAUCCAGGCCUUCAGUGACUCGGGUGAAGAGAAGCCUCCCCAAAAACCAAAGCCAAAGAACCCACCAAAGACUGAAGACUCACCUGGUAGAGCCAAUACUUCCAGUCGUCCUCCUAAGAAGGACUUUGUGGAGGUGACGGAGCUGACAAACAUCACCUACAUCAGUAACUUGGUCAAGCUGAGACCUGGUCACAUCAACGUGGUCCUAGUCCUCACUGACGCUUCCAAGAAUGCUCUGCUCAGGAAGUACGCCAAAGAGGUUUUCUCCUUCUCCGGGACCCAGACCCUACACUUCUCCUUCCUGAAUGCAGACAAACACAGCCAGUGGAUGCCAUCUCUCUUGGAGUCUUGUCCUACUGCAGCCCGGGUCCUGACCCACGGAGAGGAGGAGGAAGGGGGAGGAGGUGAGGGGGAUGAAUAUUCCUCUCCCUUCUCAGGUCGUCCCAGAGACUUCACAGGCCAUGUUCUGGCACUCAAUGGACACAAGAAGUACUUCUGUCUCUUCAGACCUGUCUUCACUGGGGACACGGACACUGGCGGAGAGAGCUCAAGCUCAUCAUCUUCAUCAUUUGACGAAGGCUCCAGGAGAAAGUCUCGGUCAAGGUCGCGAUCCCAGUCGAGCUCACGUUCAAGGUCCAGGGAGGAGGGGGGUUUGUCGGGUAGGGGUGGGAGGGGUGGUGGGCGGGCCUCCAGGGCUACCAGUCUGGAGGUGCACCAUAAGCUGGACAGGCUGGGGCUGUGGAUGGAGAGGCUGAUGGAGGGGACUCUGCCCAGGCACAGCGUCCCUGGCUGGCCUGGGUUGGACACCACCUCCCCAAGCUCCAGCCCCGCUCCCCAGAACUGAGGAACCACACUGGACCGGACCCGACCGGACCCAUAUGAAGUGUAAAUGAGAUUUCUGCAGCUUAAACGUAGCCAGUAGUCAUUAUGCAAAGCCAAUGAAUAAUACAGAAGAUUAAUAUAACCCUAUAAAGUAUACUAACCUUGUCCCAGAUCUGUUUGUGCUUUCUUGCGAAUGCCAACUUCAGGUGUGACAAUGGUCAUAGGAGUUGGCCAGAUGGCACAAACUGAUCCGGGACCAGGCAAGAAACUGAAGCUCCAUUUACCCUAUCACAACAAUCAUUUUUUACUUUAGCUUUAGGGACUGUAGUAGGUGACGCUUCAAAUGCACUGAUCUUGCCAUUGUCUUUCAUAGGAGGCUGUUAACCCGGAAUUAGGGCUUGAGACAAUUGACGUGUUGCACUGUAAAGCACUGACUACUGUAUGUUUGGAUAUUUGGUUGUAAAUAAACACCAAGGACCCUAUUCAAUAACCACCAGCUCUUAGGAUUUAAAGAAAGGGGGGGGGGGGGGGAGUAUAUUAUGUGCAAUUCAGAGGAGGCUGGUGGGGUGAGCUAUAGGAGGACAGGCUAGGUUAGGAUCCAUGUACUGAACAAAAUGAUGUGAAGCAAAAAAAAAAUCUCAUGUACAGUUUUAAACUAGGGUCCUGUUCAAAGGAAUACAUGUUUGAAACAGGAAAAGCACACUCGUUUUUGUAGCACAAAUUCAGGUAUGACCUCCCUUUUCACGACAUUUCCUCCUAUUUCAUACUUACUGAACUUUUACCACAGUAACGCUGGACUAAGGUCAGUUGGCUUAUUCUUUCCUAAUGGUUAGGACUUGGGGGUGCUAAACUGUUCCUAGCUGGUUGAAUAGAGCCCUUGGUGUUCUCUGCUGCUGCUCAGGGCCAGGUCCCCAAGCUGGAGAUCUCAGUACAACUAUUUUAUAAAUAUUUAUUUCCCUUUGCAGAUCAGGCAGAAAGGUUGAAUCAUCCUUCUGUCUCGUUUCUUUUACUUUUGUUUUGAGUCCGUGCCCUUAAAUAUACCGCUAUAGAUUUUAUUGCAUGUCUUUGUCAGAAGAAUAUUCUGUUUUGUCACCGUGAGAUUUGCAAAGCUCCAUCAACUUUAUUCCACAACUCUUUCCUUCCUGUACCUCAUGAUGUGCUUGUGAACCAUGCUUGUGUGAUGAUGAGUAACCUUGCCUGAGACCUGAAGACUUUGGUUAAGACUUUAGCUUAGCGAGCUAAACAGUCUGUGCUUGAAACCGUAUGGUCCAUGGUUCAAACCCAGUUGGUCACACUUGCACACAAGGUUUGCAUAAGAUGUCCUUUACUUACAUUCUUGCUACAGAAUGAUUUCCCGCUCGCUAAGUUAUAGCUAGAUAUAAACUACGUAGAUAUUUCACUUUGCCUGCCUUUUCAUUUGAAUGUGUUUCUCAUGUCCAUGUCCAAUAUUGGUGCUGAUGAGAGAUUUAAUCCAACGUAAAUUUGAGGAGUUGAACUGUUUGGGAGAGUCUGUAGUACUGUAGUCCAUUUUAAACGAUUAGUAUGAAAUGAUGUGAAAUAUAGAAUUAUUUGAUGUGCUGUUGCUAUUUAUUUGAUGUAACUAUGCUUCCUAACAUGAAUAAACAUUUUCUAAAUCUUUA